AAACUAGAAAGAUUAAAAAGGUUCUAAAGACAAAAAAACAAACAAUAAAUAUGUAAAAUAUUGAUUCUAUAUUUUUUUAAAAAGCAAGUCUGAACAAUAAAGCAAAUUGUGUAUGAGGCAUUGUAUGGAAAAAAAAAAGUCAAGAAGAACAUUGUGUAAAAAAUAGACAUCAGACAUCAGCAAUCUCCACCCACAUUGCCACAACAAUUUCCUGGCAUGUGCGACUGUGAGUAAUUCUGCAGCCAGUGUUGUAAAAGUCUGCACAGGAAACCGCCCAACAGCUGUGAGGGAUGAAGACUAUAGAAAACUCCAACUUCUGCUGGACGAGCUGUUUUUCAUCUGCCUUUGGAUUUUGUUCUUUUAUUCGAAGAUGUGUCUAAUUAAUUGUACUGGUUGUAACCACCAAAAGAAAAAGAACGAUAGAUGAAAGAUAGACUGCCAGGACUUCAUGCGGAGACAAACAUGUGGGGACGGCUUUUGAUACUUGUGUAUGCUUCGAUGCUGGUGGACACAAGCCAUGCUCAAGAUACACACAACUCUACCAUAGCAACACCAAGCAGCUUGCGUCCAAGAACAUUUUAUGGAAAAGCCACGGAUGAUAAUUUAACCAUAGAUCUACCGCAAAUUGACAUCUCCACCAAUCAUGUCAAAUACACAGCCGGAUUUAUCAGGACCAGGAUCAUUCCAGGAGCUUAUCUGAUCGCAAUUGUUAUCGGAAUCCCUUCUAACACCCUGAUAUUGGCAUUUCUCAGUCGGAAGAUUAGAAGUUUAUCUAGCUCGAUCCUCUACUUAGGCCUGGCAGCCUCAAACCUUCUCCUUCUGGUCUCUCUCAUAUUUAAAGUCCACUACCAUCUGAACUACAACAACUGGGUGUUUGGAGAAUUUGCCUGCAAACUUGUGACAGCUUGCUUUUACGGUAACAUGUACUGCUGUAUACAUUCUCAUAUGUGUGUUAGCAUGCUGCGGUACUUGGCGGUGGUGCAUCCGUUCCUGUACAGAGGACUAUCUAAAAGAUCUUGCACAACCUGGGCGAGCUUGACCGUGUGGGUUGUUUUUGCUAUUGCCAUGACUCCAGAACUCCUCACUCGUCAAAGCUACUACCUCAAAGACGUUGGGAUCGUCUCAUGCCAUGACUUUAUGCCUUAUGACGAGAAACUAUACAACCUCCUGAUUCUUUAUAGAUUAUGCCUAAUUUUUCUAGGCUUCAUAUUUCCUUUCGCGGUCAUUGUGUUUGCUUACGGCUCCAUUGUACAACACCUACGCAGGUCAAGCUGUGAUUUCACAUGUUACAUCAAAGCAAGCACACUUGUUUUCUUGAUCUUCUUAGUGUGUUUCACUCCAAGUAACAUAAUCCACUGGCUACAUUAUGUAAGACUGUUUUCUAGCAAUCAAGAUGACUUUUACAAUUACUUCAGUGUAGCUGUGUGUGUCUGCUGCUUUCACAGCUGCCUGGACCCCUUCCUUUCUUACUUUAUAACAAAGACUUCAAACUCCAGGGUAAAUUUUAUCUCCCUCGCCAGAACAUCUCUGAGGAGUUCAGUGAUUAUGUAAACAACUGGGGAGCUCAGUUUUUGGUAUUAUCGUGGGAAGGCAGAGGGGUGGUCUAGAUUGAAAAUAGCUACACAAUAGUUGCAGGAUGUUAUUGAUUGUUAGGACAGAAGUGAUGGAGGCGUGCGAGAAACUGGAGAAAAUUAAACACAAUUUAACAGUGAUACUUGAAAUGUUGUAACCAUUACUAUGUUACAGACAAACACGAUGUUGAAUUCACAUUCAAGAACCUACAGUACAUUGGGCAAGAGAAGGGAGUAUAACAAUUUUUGUUCGGGCAACACACAUUUGUUUUUAAAACGAUGCAAUUUUAAAAGUGAUAUAUUUCCCUAUUGGCACAAUUCUCAGAAAAAAAAAAAAUGCUGACACUUCUUCCACUGUUGCUUUUCAAAAGAAAAUCCUAUUGUCUAUAAACGCUGAUGUCCAGCUUUAAUCAUGAGUCAAAAAUGGGGUUUCCAUAUUUUUUUUCACAAUAAUUUCUCUGUACACGUUAUAAUUUCUUCAUAAAAACUACUCUUAAUAUCUCCAGCAAAUUUCUUAAUCUAGACAGUUUUGCAUACAAGUGGCUGUAGGCCAUUUGUUUGUACUUUAAUUGCAAUAAACAUUGCUAUAUUUUGUCCACUAUAAUACAAUACAAGUUUAUACAAUAUUUUACCAGAGAUUGAAAACUUAGGGAUGAAAAGAUCUAGAAGUAUACUGUUAUACACUGGAUAGAAAUAUUUUUAUUAUCAGCAACACCACACAAAAUAGUAGGA